CCCACAAGCACUUGCACGUCCAUCCGCUGAGGCUCACCCCGCAAAGCGCGAGGUAUCCGAGUCCUCGUUCUGAUUCUCGUUAAGCGGGGCUCGUCCGACCGCGCCAGACGCGCGCGCGUGGAGCAAGCUAUCUUACAAGCACCUAGCUGCUACAAGUCAGCCGCACAGCGUCUCCCCCGCCUGUCUUAGCGCGGCGUGCAGAGGUAUGACUGACGCGCACGUCGUUGCCGUCAGGAUGCAGGCGCCCGAGCAGCCGCCGUCGCCUAUCGGCAGAAACAGCAGCCAAAUCCCUGUUGGGGAUCAUAACGACCUGGCCAUCGCUGUGACUGCGGCGGGCGGCGACGACUCGCACCUGGUGGACGUGGUUUGGAAGAACCUCACUGUGACCAGCCGCAGGGCUAAGCGCCCGCUGCUGAACGAUGUCACUGGAGCCAUUACGGACGGAUUCUAUGCCAUCAUGGGCCCCUCUGGCUCUGGCAAGUCCACUCUGUUGAACACGCUUGCAUGCCGCCUGGAUCGCGGCGUCACCGUGGAGGGCGAACUGAAGCUGAACGGGCAGGACUACAGCAACGCCGAGCUGAAGAAGCUGUCGGGCUACGUGAUGCAGGACGACCUGCUGAACGCGCACCUGACUGUGGAGGAGACGCUGCGCUACACCGCGGAGCUGCGCAUGCCCCGCACCACCACACCUGAGGAGCGCCAGGAGCGCGUCGAGACGGUCAUGACUAAUGUGGGGCUGAUCCACGUGCGUGACGUGAUUGUGGGCAGCCCCAUGAAGAAGGGCAUCAGCGGCGGAGAGCGCAAGCGCCUGUGUGUGGCCAUGGAGCUGCUGACCAAGCCCAAGCUGCUGUUCCUGGACGAGCCCACCAGCGGCCUGGACAGCGUCACAGCGCUGUCGCUGUGCCGCCUGCUGCGCCGCCUCGCCAUGAGCCGCCUUUGCACCGUCGUCACCACCAUCCACCAGCCCCAGGCCAAGAUCUUCGCGCUGUUUGACCAGCUGCUGCUGCUCAACCGCGGCUCGAUCGUGUACCAGGGCCCGGCGCAUGACGCCCUGGACUUUUUCGACCGCUCCGGAUUUCCCUGCCCCCUGCACGAGAACCCGGCAGACCACUUCCUGGACGUCAUUACGCCCAAUCACAACGAUUCGGUGGAGUCCCUGGUGGCCAAGGAGGAGAACCUCAAGAAGCACUACCAGCCGCCGCCGGUGCAGCACCUGCUGGACAACCCCCGGCCCCUGGUCCUUCCUCGCGACGCCACGCCGUGGCAUAAGCAGUUCCACGUGCUGCUGCGCCGCUCGGUGAAGGAGGUGUGGCGCAAGCGCAGCACCACCCUGGUGCUGCUGCUGCAGACUGUCAUCAUGGCGGUGCUCAUCGGCACGGUGUUCCUGCAGAUCGGCACGGACCAGAAGUCGGUGGUGCGCCGCCAGCCUGUGCUGUUCUUCUGCGUCAUCAACCAGGGUAUGUUCGGCGCGCUGAUCGUGAUUAACAGUUUCCCCUCGGAGCGCAUGCUGGCUCUGCGUGAGCGCGCGGCCGGCACCUACCACGUCAGCGCCUACUUCCUGGCCAAGAUAACCGCCGAGACCAUCUCGCAGCUGCCCGCGCCCAUCAUCUUCGCCUGCAUCGUGUACUGGCUGGUGGGGCUGCAGGCGGUCGCGACAAAGUUCUUCAUCUUCAUGGGCUUCAUGAUUCUGUGCAGCACCGCCGCCACUUCUCUGGCUCUGGCGGUGUCCGCCAUCGCGCGCACCACCGACAUGUCCGUCACCAUCCUGCCCAUGGCGCUGGAGAUCUGCCGCCUGUUCGGAGGCUUCUUCCUCAGCCCCGCCAACCUGCCCCAGUACUUCUCGUGGCUGGACGCUCUGUCGUACGUCAAGUACACGUACGUGGGCAUCUCCCUCAACGAGCUGGACGGUCUGGUGCUGCACUGCAAGCCCGACCAGCUCAACGCGCAGGGCAAGUGCCCCACCACCAGUGGCCAGCAGACCAUCGACAGUCUGGGCCUGGACUAUCUGAACAUGGGCCAGUGCGCCGGCAUUCUGGUGGCCUACAUCUUCAUCUGCCGCUUCAUCGCCUACCUGGGCGUGCGCUUCCUCAAGCACUAGACAGACGCGUGUGUGCACCACGUGCGCGCAUGCGGGAUAUGCUGCUGGCUGCCGGCGCUGUGCCUACCAGCAGGCAGCAACCCAGAGGCUCGAGUUGUCCGUUGAUUGAAUGCGUCGUCUUCUAGCUCCCUUUGACUGAACUCGUCUUCAAUGCUGCGCAGCGAGUACAUGUAGUUAUCCGCAGCGCGAGCAGGGGGGACUCCCUGUCCUGAUGUUGAGCCUGUAGAAAACCGCAUCUACUUGUAUACUGUCCUGCGAGCAAUGAGCCCGCCGCCUUGCUCUCCUGUCUUGCAAACUGUAGUCACAGCCUCACAGGCCAGGGCACACUUCGCAUCCAUCGCGUCACACUGUUUCGUUAUGGCUAUUUUAGCUGAGGGUAUUAUUUUCAAGUGAGAGGGCCGAGUCUGUCUUCCUAAAGUGGAGGGGAGGGCAGAUGCAGUGCAGGGGUGGAGGAGAGAGCGCUGAUACUCUGUUUGCGAGAGGCGCGUGUUGCACGUGAGUGGAAUCUGAGUGACUUACAAUGCCCAUGAUUACUGUACAUCGUGCCGCUGGAGCUGACGGCAGGGGUUCUGAAGCACUACUGACAGGGGUUGCACAUCCUGCACUGCCGUCUCUGGCAUGGCAUGUUGACAAUCAGAAGCUUACAGUAAUUGCAAUCGGGUGGGGCGUGACGCAUGGUAGCAGCAAGCUUGAUUACGUACGGACAGGCAGGAUUAGGUAGGAUUAGGUAGGAAUGCGCGAGAGAUUCGGAUGCCCUUGCGGACUGUGACAGUCCGCUGGCGAGGGUGGGCUGUAGAUACUUAGUUGAGAUGCGCCUUACUGCUGAGGGGCCGAGACUUGCUGUGGCAUGCGUGCGCCCCUGCUGGAUUGCGGAAGCUGCUGAGGACGUCAACCUGUCAGAUGGCAUGUGCUGGGCUACACACACAUACGCACACAUGGCCAUGAUACAACGCUGUAACAGGGUCUGACU